GCGGUCCGAUUGGCGGCCUGUCUGCCAGCGGGUCUGGGACCAGUGCGCAGCCGUCUCUCCAGCGCCAUGGCCCGUCAUACGACUGACCUCUUUGUCCACGACGACGACGACGACGAUGUCCCGAGUCUCCCGCCCAACCAAGAUCCCGUCUUGCUGCAUACAACUGGCGACGACGACGGUGGCCGGCCCACCGAAGUGGGCACGCUCCAGCGCGACCGCGGCCUCAAGGAGUUUGGCGAGUGGGACCGCAACGGCAUCUUGUGUCGGCAGUGGCGGUCGUCGCUCUUUGGCGCGCUCUGUGUUGACGUCGUGCCCAACGGCAUCGUAUCGAUCCUGCUUCCGUGCAUCCCGCUGGGCCAAGUCUCGCAUCGCUUGGGCCUGCGCCAGUUUCGCAGCAUGGUGGCGCUCACCGGUGUCUUGUACCUUACGGCCAUCGCUUGCAGCGGCGUGAGCAACCUCUACGCACACAGUGCCGGCGCCGUGGCGUCGCUGCUGCUGGUGAUUCUCGUGACCUCGCUUCGGACCACGGUGCGUCGCCUCUUCUUCAUCCCCGGCUCGUGCCUCGGCGACGUCUGCGCGGUCUUUUGGUGCGGCUGCUGCACCGUUGCGCAGCUCGCCGCGCACGUCCAGGCCUACGAGCCACACACGUGCUCGCUUCGGCCCCGCGGUGUCCUCGCUGGCUACAAGGAGUAGAUCGAGUACCUAGUCUACUGCUGCUAGAAUAUGUGUUUACGAACGACCAGCUCCACCG